AGGAAAUAUGGGAAAAGUAAGCUUGAUACGGUUCAGGAAGUAGUGGAUGUUGUUGCUGUUGCCUGAUAAAGGCUGCAAGUAUAACCCACACAGGAAACUAUCAGUCACAGUUGCAGUAAAGGAACAGCCCCUUCGUGUGAAAUGUAACUACGCUUCAGCAAAUGCAGAUGACAUUACAAAGCAACUCAUGUUGUGAGGCGACAAAAGUGCCAGAUUGGGGUGGAGAGAAGAUUAGAAGUCAUGUCGGCUCAGAGUGGAAAGAAAAAAAGAAUUGGUUCACGUCGUCGGGUAGCAAACCAAAAUAAAACCUCUGAAGCUGAAGAGUUCCACAUUACAGACAGUACCUCCUUAGCACAACCCUUCAUAUCAGGAGGAAACAGUGACUCAUUAAAUGUAUUUGAUAAUUCUAACAAUUCACAAUCUGAGACCCAAAAACCACCUUCGCCAGAACUCCCAGUAAACAGGAGAAAACUGGGGUCUAGUCGAAGAAAUAAAGGGGAACAGCAUGUGAAGGAAUCUGAAUUAUACCUAAGAUCUAGAGAGGAAGAUGAGGAACAGACAAAGGGUAAUGAAACCGAAAAGACAAUACAACCUCAGAGGCAGGAAGAAUUAAGUAAAUGGACUGAGCCUGCGACACAUGACAGCUCUGUCUUGGCCAAUACACCUGAUUAUUCUUCUGAGAUUUGUAACUCUACUACCACAAUCUCUCCCAAUAUGGACCUGGAAAGUUUUCUUCCCAAAAGCGAAAAUUUGCUAGCAGACAAAGAUGAAAUUUCCACCGACGAUAAAGUAGCGUCUGAUUCUUUUAAAUUAGUGGAAGCGAAGUAUGGAGGAACUGACAAAACUGACACUCUUCAGAGUGAGGAACUCUUAGAAAAUGCAGAAACAUUUGGCAUCUCUGAGUUAACUACUGCAAGUGUAACAGUAAAAGAAGACAAAGAAGGAGAUGAGGGCAAAGACUUGUUAAAGCAAGAUGGAAAUUUACAGGGCAACUAUGUGGUGAGUGAGUCACAUUUAGAAUUACAGGAUGUAGAGUUCUCUAUCACAGCGGAGGUAACCACAGAUAAAAGCAGCCCCAGAGAAAAUAUCGGACUUGAAUACAGUGUUGGGCAAGCAGCAUUUUCCUCAUCAAAGGAAAAGUUGCAGAUUGACGAGGAAAAAAAUGAAGAUCUCAACGUAUCUGAAGUUAAAGUUUCCCAGCAUUCAGAGGAUGCUGUCAACAAGGUGCAUAAACAGGAGGCCAAUCCAACCGAAAUGCGUGAAAUCAAUCACUCUCCUGAUAGAGUGACACAAGGAGAAAAUUCUGAAGUUAUUGCUGUCUAUCUGACAGACAAAGCUGAUGUCAGUGACACACACCAAUCUGAGUCGAUGGUGGAAAGUGCUGAUGAUUCUGCUGCAAAGCAGGAAGAUUCAGAUGACAAACAGGAUGAACAUCCUACAAACCAAGAUGACUUAAAGGCUUUAGAACAGACACAUAUGGAUACCAAGAUACCACAGAUCAGUGGCAUACAACAAGUACACGGUGUAUUAGGUCAGGUGUAUGAAGUUGAAGGCCAAGUAGAGGAUGAUAUAAUGCCCAGUGCUGAACAAACAGAUCAUCAGGAGAAGGAAGGACUCAUCUCUGAAAUGGAGGAGAGUGACUCUUCUUCACAAACCGUGCAAUCAGAAAUACAUGCUCCUUUCCACUCCCAACCUCUGCAAAACAACACAGACUCACACCCUCUUGGGAGCAGGAGAAAACUGGGCUCUAGUCGAAGACAUAAGGGACGACAGCAUGCCAAGGACUCUGUUGCUGAAUCAUACCAUGAAGAAAAAGAUGAAGUUGUAGAAAGUAUCAGAGGUGAGGAAGCCCUCGAAACAACACAAAUGCUGGCAGCAAUAGAGAGAAUGAGUCAAGGUGGAUUCAGUCAAGGGAGUGAUGAUGAUAUUGACAUGCCUACCACACAUGACAGGUCUUUGUAUGCAGACAUCAUGCCGGAUUACUCUUCUGAGGUCCACAACAUGAAUACAUCAAACUAUCAAGAGACUGAUCUGGAAAGUUUAACCCCUAAAAGUGAAAAUCUUCAAGAAGAUGAUAAUGAAAGAGAGUCUGACUUUAAGGUCUCUGGUGAAUCAGUGGGAGACAGGCUGGAGGAAAUGGACAAAUUGGACACUGUUCAGAGUCAAGAAGUCAGACCUCCUCAACAUUCAGAGGAUUCUGGAAACAAAGUGCAUGAACAGGAGCUCAAUUUGACACAGAUGCAUGAAACCGAUCGCUCCUCUGAAAGUGUGACACUUUCUGACAACCUUACAGACCAAGCUGAAGACAGUGACACAAACCAAUCUGAGUUGAUUGUGGAAAGUACUGAUGAUUCUGCCACUAAACAGGAAGAUUCAAUUCCUGAUGACAAACAGGGCGUCCAUCCUGCUAAAGAAGACAUCUUAGAGGCUUCAAAACAGACAAAUGAGGAUAAUAAUGUCUAUGAUACAAAGCAAAUACACAUUGAUGACAUAGAAAGACUAGACACUGCCCUUGCUCAGGUUUAUGAGAUUGAAGGCAGAUUAGAAAAUGAUGUAAAACCCAGUACUGAACAAUCAGUUCUUCAAGAGAAGGAAGGCCACUCCUCUGAAGAUGAGGAAGACAGAUCUUCCCAAACCCUGCCAUCAGAAAUAUAUCCUCCGUCUGACUCCCAACCUCAGCAAAGUGACACAAACUUCAAACCCAUUGCUAACAGAAGAAAACUGGGGUCCAGCCGUAGAAUUAAAGGAAGACAACAGGCCAAAGACUCUGCUGCAGAAUCAUACCACAGACCUACAGAGGAAGUUGUUGGACAUACCGAGGAUAAUGAAUCCAUUCAAACAACAAAAAUGUCAUUCACAACAGAGACAGCAAUGCAGGAAAAAUCAGUGGAAACCAUCCAGGAAGGAAUUGACAAAUGUGACACUACUCAAACUGGAGAGCUCAGACAAAAUGCAUAUAUUGGCAUCUCCCAGCUUACGGCCUCAAAUGUACUGUUUUCAACAGCAGGUCAGCAGCUAAUCGACCAGUCAAAUUCCACGAAGAUGCCAGAAGAACUUCCCAAUGUGUACUCUGUAACAGAAAAGGAAAGCAAGGGUGAAGCUGAGUACACCAAAUUAAGGCAGGAUGGAAAUUUGCAGGACAACUUUUUGGAGAGGGAGUCUCAUUUAAGAUCAGAAGAUAUGGAGUAUUUUAUCACAGCAAAGAUAGCCACAGAAUAUAACAGCUCAAGAGAGCGUACAGAAUCUCAAUACACUGUUGAACAAGCAAUAGUUUCAUCACCAAAAGAGGAGUUGUCUACACGUGGGGAAACAAUUGAGCAUUUCAACUUACAUGAAGUCAAAGUUGCUCAGCAUUCAGACAAUGCUGUGCACAAACAUGAGGUUAAACCAACAGAAAUGCAUGAAAUUGAUCACUAUUCUGAUAAUGUGACACAUGAUGCCACAGAAAAGUCAGAAAUAAUUUCUGGCAACCUGAUAGACAAAGCUGAAGUCAGCAACACAAACCAAUCUGAGUCGAUGUUGGAAAGUACUGAUGAUUCUGCUACUAAGCAGGAAGAUUCAGAUCCUGAUGACAAACAGGAUGAACAUCCUACAAAACAAGAAGACUUUAAGGCUUUAGAACAGACUCGUGUGGAUACCAAGAUACCACAGAUCAGUGGCAUACAACAAGUACACGGUGUAUUAGGUCAGGUGUAUGAAGUUGAAGGCCAAGUAGAGGAUGAUAUAAUGCCCAGUGCUGAACAAACAGAUCAUCAGGAGAAGGAAGGACUCAUCUCUGAAAUGGAGGAGAGUGACUCUUCUUCACAAACCGUGCAAUCAGAAAUACAUGCUCCUUUCCACUCCCAACCUCAACAAAACAACACAGACUCACACCCUCUUGGGAGCAGGAGAAAACUGGGCUCUAGUCGUAGACAUAAGGGACGACAGCAUGCCAAGGACUCUGUUGCUGAAUCAUACCAUGAAGAAAAAGAUGAAGUUGUAGAAAGUAUUAGAGGUGAGGAAGCCCUCGAAACAACACAAAUGCAAGUGGCAAUAGAGAGAAUGAGUCAAGAAGAAUUCAGUCAAGGGAGUGAGAAUGAUAUUGACAUGCCUACCAGACAUGAUGGCUCACUGUAUGCAGACAUCAUGCAGGAUUACUCUUCUGAGGUCCAGAACCUGAACACAUCAAACUAUCAAGAGACUGAUCUGGAAAGUUUAACUCCUAAAAGUGAAAAUCUUCAAGAAGAUGAUAAUGAAAGAGAGUCUGACUUUAAGGUCUCUGGUGAAUCAGUGGGAGACAGGCUGGUAGAAAUGGACAAAUUGGACACUGUUCAUACUCAAGAAGUCAGAGCUGCUCAACAUUCAGAGGAUUCUGGAAACAAAGUGCAUGAACAGGAGCUCAAUUUGACACAGAUGCAUGAAACCGAUCGCUCCUCUGAAAGUGUGACACUUUCUGACAACCUUACAGACCAAGCUGAAGACAGUGACACAAACCAAUCUGAGUUGAUUGUGGAAAGUACUGAUGAUUCUGCCACUAAACAGGAAGAUUCAAUUCCUGAUGACAAACAGGGCGUCCAUCCUGCUAAAGAAGACAUCUUAGAGGCUUCAAAACAGACAAAUGAGGAUAAUAAUGUGUAUGAUACAAAGCAAAUACACAUUGAUGACAUAGAAAGACUAGACACUGCCCUUUCUCAGGUUUAUGAGAUUGAAGGCAGAUUAGAAAAUGAUGUAAAACUCAGUACUGAACAAUCAGUUCUUCAAGAGAAGGAAGGCCACUCCUCUGAAGAUGAGGAAGACAGAUCUUCCCAAACCCUGCCAUCAGAAAUAUAUCCUUCCUCUGACUCCCAACCUCAGCAAAGUGACACGAACUUCAAACCCAUUGCUAACAGAAGAAAACUGGUGUCCAGCCAUAGAAUUAAAGGAAGACAACAGGCCAAGGACUCUGCUGCAGAAUCAUACCACAGACCUACAGAGGAAGUUGUUGGACAUACCGAGGAUAAUGAAUCCAUUCAAACAACAAAAAUGUCAUUCACAACAGAGACAGCAAUGCAGGAAAAAUCAGUGGAAACCAUCCAGGAAGGAAUUGACAAAUGUGACACUACUCAAACUGGAGAGCUCAGACAAAAUGCACAUAUUGGCAUCUCCCAGCUUACGGCCUCAAAUGUACUGUUUUCAACAGCAGGUCAGCAGCUAAUCGACCAGUCAAAUUCCACGAAGAUGCCAGAAGAACUUCCCAAUGUGUACUCUGUAACAGAAAAAGAAAGCAAGGAUGAAGCUGAGUACACCAAAUUAAGGCAGGAUGGAAAUUUGCAGGACAACUUUUUGGAGAGGGAGUCUCAUUUAAGAUCAGAAGAUAUGGAGUAUUUUAUCACAGCAAAGAUAGCCACAGAAUAUAACAGCUCAAGAGAGCGUACAGAAUCUCAAUACACUGUUGAACAAGCAAUAGUUUCAUCACCAAAAGAGGAGUUGUCUACACGUGGGGAAACAAUUGAGCAUUUCAACUUACAUGAAGUCAAAGUUGCUCAGCAUUCAGACGAUGCUGUGCACAAACAUGAGGUUAAACCAACAGAAAUGCAUGAAAUUGCUCACUAUUCUGAUAAUGUGACACAUGAUGCCACAGAAAAGUCAGAAAUAAUUUCUGGCAACCUGAUAGACAAAGCUGAAGUCAGCAACACAAACCAAUCUGAGUCGAUGUUGGAAAGUACUGAUGAUUCUGCUACUAAGCAGGAAGAUUCAGAUCCUGAUGACAAACAGGAUGAACAUCCUACAAAACAAGAAGACUUUAAGGCUUUAGAACAGACUCGUGUGGAUACCAAGAUACCACAGAUCAGUGGCAUACAACAAGUACACGGUGUAUUAGGUCAGGUGUAUGAAGUUGAAGGCCAAGUAGAGGAUGAUAUAAUGCCCAGUGCUGAACAAACAGAUCAUCAGAAGGAAGGACUCAUCUCGGAAAUGGAGGAGAGUGACUCUUCUUCACAAACCGUGCAAUCAGAAAUACAUGCUCCUUUCCACUCCCAACCUCAACAAAACAACACAGACUCACACCCCCUUGGGAGCAGGAGAAAACUGGGCUCUAGUCGUAGACAUAAGGGACGACAGCAUGCCAAGGACUCUGUUGCUGAAUCAUACCAUGAAGAAAAGGAUGAAGUUGUAGAAAGUAUCAGAGGUGAGGAAGCCCUCGAAACAACACAAAUGCUGGCAGCAAUAGAGAGAAUGAGUCAAGAAGAAUUCAGUCAAGGGAGUGAGAAUGAUAUUGACAUGCCUACCAGACAUGAUGGCUCACUGUAUGCAGACAUCAUGCAGGAUUACUCUUCUGAGGUCCAGAACCUGAACACAUCAAACUAUCAAGAGACUGAUCUGGAAAGUUUAACUCCUAAAAGUGAAAAUCUUCAAGAAGAUGAUAAUGAAAGAGAGUCUGACUUUAAGGUCUCUGGUGAAUCAGUGGGAGACAGGCUGGUAGAAAUGGACAAAUUGGACACUGUUCAUACUCAAGAAGUCAGAGCUGCUCAACAUUCAGAGGAUUCUGGAAACAAAGUGCAUGAACAGGAGCUCAAUUUGACACAGAUGCAUGAAACCGAUCGCUCCUCUGAAAGUGUGACACUUUCUGACAACCUUACAGACCAAGCUGAAGACAGUGACACAAACCAAUCUGAGUUGAUUGUGGAAAGUACUGAUGAUUCUGCCACUAAACAGGAAGAUUCAAUUCCUGAUGACAAACAGGGCGUCCAUCCUGCUAAAGAAGACAUCUUAGAGGCUUCAAAACAGACAAAUGAGGAUAAUAAUGUCUAUGAUACAAAGCAAAUACACAUUGAUGACAUAGAAAGACUAGACACUGCCCUUGCUCAGGUUUAUGAGAUUGAAGGCAGAUUAGAAGAUGAUGUAAAACCCAGUACUGAACAAUCAGUUCUUCAAGAGAAGGAAGGCCACUCCUCUGAAGAUGAGGAAGACAGAUCUUCCCAAACCCUGCCAUCAGAAAUAUAUCCUUCCUCUGACUCCCAACCUCAGCAAAGUGACACGAACUUCAAACCCAUUGCUAACAGAAGAAAACUGGUGUCCAGCCAUAGAAUUAAAGGAAGACAACAGGCCAAGGACUCUGCUGCAGAAUCAUACCACAGACCUACAGAGGAAGUUGUUGGACAUACCGAGGAUAAUGAAUCCAUUCAAACAACAAAAAUGUCAUUCACAACAGAGACAGCAAUGCAGGAAAAAUCAGUGGAAACCAUCCAGGAAGGAAUUGACAAAUGUGACACUACUCAAACUGGAGAGCUCAGACAAAAUGCACAUAUUGGCAUCUCCCAGCUUACGGCCUCAAAUGUACUGUUUUCAACAGCAGGUCAGCAGCUAAUCGACCAGUCAAAUUCCACGAAGAUGCCAGAAGAACUUCCCAAUGUGUACUCUGUAACAGAAAAAGAAAGCAAGGAUGAAGCUGAGUACACCAAAUUAAGGCAGGAUGGAAAUUUGCAGGACAACUUUUUGGAGAGGGAGUCUCAUUUAAGAUCAGAAGAUAUGGAGUAUUUUAUCACAGCAAAGAUAGCCACAGAAUAUAACAGCUCAAGAGAGCGUACAGAAUCUCAAUACACUGUUGAACAAGCAAUAGUUUCAUCACCAAAAGAGGAGUUGUCUACACGUGGGGAAACAAUUGAGCAUUUCAACUUACAUGAAGUCAAAGUUGCUCAGCAUUCAGACGAUGCUGUGCACAAACAUGAGGUUAAACCAACAGAAAUGCAUGAAAUUGCUCACUAUUCUGAUAAUGUGACACAUGAUGCCACAGAAAAGUCAGAAAUAAUUUCUGGCAACCUGAUAGACAAAGCUGAAGUCAGCAACACAAACCAAUCUGAGUCGAUGUUGGAAAGUACUGAUGAUUCUGCUACUAAGCAGGAAGAUUCAGAUCCUGAUGACAAACAGGAUGAACAUCCUACAAAACAAGAAGACUUUAAGGCUUUAGAACAGACUCGUGUGGAUACCAAGAUACCACAGAUCAGUGGCAUACAACAAGUACACGGUGUAUUAGGUCAGGUGUAUGAAGUUGAAGGCCAAGUAGAGGAUGAUAUAAUGCCCAGUGCUGAACAAACAGAUCAUCAGGAGAAGGAAGGACUCAUCUCGGAAAUGGAGGAGAGUGACUCUUCUUCACAAACCGUGCAAUCAGAAAUACAUGCUCCUUUCCACUCCCAACCUCAACAAAACAACACAGACUCACACCCCCUUGGGAGCAGGAGAAAACUGGGCUCUAGUCGUAGACAUAAGGGACGACAGCAUGCCAAGGACUCUGUUGCUGAAUCAUACCAUGAAGAAAAGGAUGAAGUUGUAGAAAGUAUCAGAGGUGAGGAAGCCCUCGAAACAACACAAAUGCUGGCAGCAAUAGAGAGAAUGAGUCAAGGUGGAUUCAGUCAAGGGAGUGAUAAUGAUAUUGACAUGCCUACCACACAUGACAGGUCUUUGUAUGCAGACAUCAUGCCGGAUUACUCUUCUGAUGUCCACAACAUGAAUACAUCAAACUAUCAAGAGACUGAUCUGGAAAGUUUAACUCCUAAAAGUGAAAAUCUUCAAGAAGAUGAUGAUGAAAGAGAGUCUGACUUUAAGGUCUCUGGUGAAUCAGUGGGAGACAGGCUGGAGGAAAUGGACAAAUUGGACACUGUUCAGAGUCAAGAAGUCAGAGCUGCUCAACAUUCAGAGGAUUCUGGAAACAAAGUGCAUGAACAGGAGCUCAAUUUGACACAGAUGCAUGAAACCGAUCGCUCCUCUGAAAGUGUGACACUUUCUGACAACCUGACAGACCAAGCUGAAGACAGUGACACAAACCAAUCUGAGUUGAUUGUGGAAAGUACUGAUGAUUCUGCCACCAAACAGGAAGAUUCAAAUCCUGAUGACAAACAGGGCGUCCAUCCUGCUAAAGAAGACAACUUAGAGGCUUCAGAACAGACAAAUGAGGAUAAUGAUGUCUAUGAUACAAAGCAAAUACACAUUGAUGACAUAGAAAGAGUAUACACUGCCCUUGCUCAGGUUUAUGAGAUUGAAGGCAGAUUAGAAGAUGAUGUAAAACUCAGUACUGAACAAUCAGUUCUUCAAGAGAAGGAAGGCCACUCCUCUGAAGAUGAGGAAGACAGAUCUUCCAAAACCCUGCCAUCAGAAAUAUAUCCUCCCUCUGACUCCCAACCUCAGCAAAGUGACACAAACUUCAAACCCAUUGGUAACAGAAGAAAACUGGGGUCCAGCCGUAGAAUUAAAGGAAGACAACAGGCCAAGGACUCUGCUGCAGAAUCAUACCACAGACCUACAGAGGAAGUUGUUGGACAUACCGAGGAUAAUGAAUCCAUUCAAACAACAAAAAUGUCAUUCACAACAGAGACAGCAAUGCAGGAAAAAUCAGUGGAAACCAUCCAGGAAGGAAUUGACAAAUGUGACACUACUCAAACUGGAGAGCUCAGACAAAAUGCACAUAUUGGCAUCUCCCAGCUUACGGCCUCAAAUGUACUGUUUUCAACAGCAGGUCAGCAGCUAAUCGACCAGUCAAAUUCCACGAAGAUGCCAGAAGAACUUCCCGAUGUGUACUCUGUAACAGAAAAAGAAAGCAAGGAUGAAGCCGAGUACACCAAAUUAAGGCAGGAUGGAAAUUUGCAGGACAACUUUUUGGAGAGGGAGUCUCAUUUAAGAUCAGAAGAUAUGGAGUAUUUUAUCACAGCAAAGAUAGCCACAGAAUAUAACAGCUCAAGAGAGUGUACAGAAUCUCAAUACACUGUUGAACAAGCAAUAGUUUCAUCACCAAAAGAGGAGUUGUCUACACGUGGGGAAACAAUUGAGCAUUUCAACUUACAUGAAGUCAAAGUUGCUCAGCAUUCAGAUGAUGCUGUGCACAAACAUGAGGUUAAACCAACAGAAAUGCAUGAAAUUGCUCACUAUUCUGAUAAUGUGACACAUGAUGCCACAGAAAAGUCAGAAAUAAUUUCUGGCAACCUGAUAGACAAAGCUGAAGUCAGCAACACAAACCAAUCUGAGUCGAUGUUGGAAAGUACUGAUGAUUCUGCUACUAAGCAAGAAGAUUCAGAUCCUGAUGACAAACAGGAUGAACAUCCUACAAAACAAGAAGACUUUAAGGCUUUAGAACAGACUCGUGUGGAUACCAAGAUACCACAGAUCAGUGGCAUACAACAAGUACACGGUGUAUUAGGUCAGGUGUAUGAAGUUGAAGGCCAAGUAGAGGAUGAUAUAAUGCCCAGUGCUGAACAAACAGAUCAUCAGAAGGAAGGACUCAUCUCUGAAAUGGAGGAGAGUGACUCUUCUUCACAAACCGUGCAAUCAGAAAUACAUGCUCCUUUCCACUCCCAACCUCUGCAAAACAACACAGACUCACACCCUCUUGGGAGCAGGAGAAAACUGGGCUCUAGUCGUAGACAUAAGGGACGACAGCAUGCCAAGGACUCUGUUGCUGAAUCAUACCAUGAAGAAAAAGAUGAAGUUGUAGAAAGUAUUAGAGGUGAGGAAGCCCUCGAAACAACACAAAUGCAAGUGGCAAUAGAGAGAAUGAGUCAAGAAGAAUUCAGUCAAGGGAGUGAGAAUGAUAUUGACAUGCCUACCAGACAUGAUGGCUCACUGUAUGCAGACAUCAUGCAGGAUUACUCUUCUGAGGUCCAGAACCUGAACACAUCAAACUAUCAAGAGACUGAUCUGGAAAGUUUAACUCCUAAAAGUGAAAAUCUUCAAGAAGAUGAUAAUGAAAGAGAGUCUGACUUUAAGGUCUCUGGUGAAUCAGUGGGAGACAGGCUGGAGGAAAUGGACAAAUUGGACACUGUUCAUACUCAAGAAGUCAGAGCUGCUCAACAUUCAGAGGAUUCUAGAAACAAAGUGCAUGAACAGGAGCUCAAUUUGACACAGAUGCAUGAAACCGAUCGUUCCUCUGAAAGUGUGACACUUGAUGCCACAGAAAAGUCUGAAAUCAUUUCUGAUAACCUGACAGAUCAAGCUGAAGUCAGUGACACAAUCCAAUCUGUGUUGAUUGUGGAAAAUACUGAUGAUUCUGCCACCAAACAGGAAGAUUCAAAUCCUGAUGACAAACAGGGCGUCCAUCCUGCUAAAGAAGACAACUUAGAGGCUUCAGAACAGACAAAUGAGGAUAAUGAUGUCUAUGAUACAAAGCAAAUACACAUUGAUGACAUAGAAAGACUAGACACUGCCCUUUCUCAGGUUUAUGAGAUUGAAGACAGAUUAGAAGAUGAUGUAAAACCCAGUACUGAACAAUCAGUUCUUCAAGAGAAGGAAGGCCACUCCUCUGAAGAUGAGGAAGACAGAUCUUCCAAAACCCUGCCAUCAGAAAUAUAUCCUCCCUCUGACUCCCAACCUCAGCAAAGUGACACAAACUUCAAACCCAUUGGUAACAGAAGAAAACUGGGGUCCAGCCGUAGAAUUAAAGGAAGACAACAGGCCAAGGACUCUGCUGCAGAAUCAUACCACAGACCUACAGAGGAAGUUGUUGGACAUACCGAGGAUAAUGAAUCCAUUCAAACAACAAAAAUGUCAUUCACAACAGAGACAGCAAUGCAGGAAAAAUCAGUGGAAACCAUCCAGGAAGGAAUUGACACACAUGCUGCUCGAACUGCCCAAACUGAAGAUGUUAAUGAUCAGGUCAAAGAAAAUGCAGCUGUUGGCAUCUUUGAGCUCACUGCUUCAAGUUUACAUUCAAGUGCAACAGUAGAAGAACUAUUAGUCGACCACACAAGGUCCAUGAAGAUGCCAGAAGAAGAACGUCCCAAUUUGUAUUCUGUAACAAAGAGAAAAAUCAAACACAAAGACAAGGACACAGAAUUGUUAGGGCAGAAUGAAAAUACGGAAAAUGAUUUGUUGAGGGAGUCACAUUUAAGGGAGGAAGCAGAAUCUUCUGUCACGCUGGAGAAAGACACAGAACAACACAGCCUAGGAGAACAGACUGUCAUUGAAUGCAGUGUUGAUCAAGCAGCAUUUUUAUCAUCAAAAUAUGUUAAUGAGUCACAAAAAGAGCAUGUUAGCUUAUCUCAAGUCAGAGGAUCUCCACAGUCAGAGGAUGCUGUAAAUGAAGUGCAUGAAGAGUUAGUAAAUGUGAGGCAAGUGCAAGAAAUGCAUCAAAUUGGUUUCUCCUCAACAGAGGAGAGUGAAUCUUUACAAACCCUGCAAUCAGAAACGAAUGCUCCAUUGGACUUCCAACAUCAGGACAAUUCUUUAAGAAGAGAGGAGCAAACCCACGCAGGCUUCAAGACCACUGGGAACAGAAGAAAACUGGGAUCUAGCCGUAGAAAUAAGGGACGACAGCAGGUUGAGACAUCUGUUGCUGAAUCAUCCCAAGAUGUUGUAGAAAGUAGAAGGAGUGAUGGUGUCCUUGACCCAACAAAGAUGUCAUUAGCAGUGGAGACAGCAAAGCAGGAAGAAGUACAAAAGCAAGCCGACCUAGACCUCAGAUCUGUUCCGAAAAUUAGAAAAAUUAGAUCGACUGUAACAGACGAAGACAGCACCGGAACAAUGCUGGAGAAAGACACAGUUUUGUCACAGAAGAUUAUGGACAACAGUGCUAAUGUGACAACCAGUGUUGCUUCAAGCUCAAGUAAAGACGACGCAUUCAACAAGGAUUACAAUGAGGAGGAAAAGAAUGUCACAAAAGAGCCUGAGAAUUUAGCACCAUUUAUAGGACAUGGCGCAGUUAAAGCUGACUUGAUACCAUCACCAGAGGAUGAUUCAGACAUACAGAAUAUCUCAUAUCAUGAUGACUAUAUCACUACAAGGCCAAUCGCUUUGGAUGUUCUUGAGCAAGAAAUUAUGAAUAUGCAACAGACGAAUGGUGCAACAGAAACAGUGGGAGAUGUCACGAUCAAAGACUGUAACACAGAAGCAGAGACAUCAAUGGAUGUGCAUGUUUUUGGAGAAAGAUUUAAAGAUCCUACAAAGAAAGACCAAGAAAUGAACGCUUCACAGGAGUUCACACAUGCUGAACCAUUUGCUGCCGGACAUAACAAAGAAGACACUUCAGCUCCAUCUAGUCCCAAGGAAAACUUCAGAGCAGAGCCAGCUAUGGAUGUGCCUGAGGAAAGUAGAAUUUCUACAGCGGUGGGUGUAUCUGACAGCCAACAAGGGAUACAAGAGAAAACUCAAUUAGAUAACAGUGGAAAUUUGCAAGGAAAAUCCAAACAGAAGAGGAGAAAGUUGGGCUCUACUCGCCGGACUCAGCUUGGUAGGAAACCAGAGGAAGGCAUGGAUGACAAAGAUGAAACAAAAGACAGAGAUGACAUGAGAAACUUGGACGAAAUGGAAGUCAUGGAGGUGUUACCAAUGAGUGUAACUGCAGAGGUAUCAAAGAAUGAAAAUACAAAACCAUCACUCAGCACGGCAAAUAAAGAAGAACAGGAAGCAACUGAGACUGCCGCUGUUCCUGACAAGGGGCAAAAGCUACAAAGCAAUAACGCUGACAUGCAGGGCAUACAGAGCUAUAUGAUAUCAGAUAUAGAUUAUUCAAAGGCCAUACAUCCAGAGCAAUUAGCCUCCAAAAACGAAGUUGUUAAUCCUAUUAAGUUUUCUCAUGCAGCUGAUUUAAGAGAUAGUGAGAGGAAUGUAGAUGUUAAUGUGGAGCCGUCACAACUAGAUGAUUUUACUGUCAGUGAGAUGCAUGUUACUUCUGUUUACACUCACAGUGAUAUGGAAAGGCCAGAGGGUGUAAAUGUAAUACAAGACCAAGCUUUGGAAUCAGCAGAAGCAUCAGCUGUGGCUGUGGCCAAUUUGGAAAUUGUGAAAUCUGUAGUCAGAGGAGAAGUUGGAGAAGAGCAAAAACACACCCAGGCUAGCGUACAAGAGCUGAGAGAGGUGAAUGAAGAAGCUCACAACAAAAAUCUCGAGAUGAGGAGCACAAGUCCCCACAGGAGAAGAAAGAUGGGUUCAACCCGCAGGAAUCUUGGAUCACGAAGCAAACGGGAAGACUUGCUUGAAAAGCAGGAUAUGGAUGGUGAAGCAACAGCCACAAAUGUUGAAGAAAGCAUCAAAGAAAAAGAAGAGCCACAACUUGAGACAGAAGACAAAGACAGUGAAAAUGUUGAGUCUCACUUCAGACCUCCAUCUGAACAGACAUUUGAGGAAAAUCCUGUUUCUCAUGGCCAACUAGUAGAAACAGAGCAUCAACUAACUCCAAGUUAUUUACCUGUGAUGCCAUCCAGUUCUCCCAAACCUGAUGUCAUGUCAGAAGCAGCUGGGGGACGAAGACGAAAAAUGGGAUCUAGUCGGAAAUCACGUGGACAGCAGAGCAAUGUAAGCCAAACUCCAGAAGGGGACGCAGUAACAGAUACACAAAAUGGAGGAGAUGUCGCAAGUAUCAUAGAUGAAGGUGUCAUCAAGACAGCUGAAGAAGAGUCUUUUGGCCUGGACAGAAUAUCAGAGGUUGAUGAAACUGCAAAGAAACCAUCGUCCAACAUCAGCACCUCAAAGGCAGGUGAACACUUGAAGCCUGUGAGUGAGAAGACUCCUGCACACGUGACGACAGCUCAACAUGCUUAUGCUGAAAACCGCCUUAGUCAAGAGGGUCAACAGAGGUUAUCUCUUGCAGGCAGUUCAAGAGGAGCAGCUUCCAGAUCAAACAGAUACAACGUGCUGAUGGUUGGAGACAGCAGUGUGGGAAAAACCUCCUUCAUUAAGAGAGCUCAAAGUGGGAAGUUCUCUUUAGACUUACCUGCCUCUGUUGGCAUUGAUUCCUUUAUGUGGACUGUGGUGGUGGAUGGAAAACCUGUUGUGCUGCAGUUGUGGGAUACAGCAGGUCAAGAAAGGUUUCACAGCAUCACAAGGCAGAUUUUCCAUAAAGCCCAGGCCUUUCUCCUGAUGUAUGACAUCACUUCCUCUCAGAGUUUCUCUGCAGUCAGCUACUGGGCGAACUGUAUUCAGGAAGGGGCUGCAGAAGAUGUGACCAUUUUACUUCUCGGGAAUAAGAGUGAUCAUGCAAAGCGGCAGAUCAAAUUUCAGGAGGGGGAAAUUCUCGCUAAGGAGUACAACUUUGAAUUCAUGGAGUGCAGUGCUGCCACGGGCGAAAAUGUGAUUCAGUCUUUGGAGACUGUGGCCAGGAUGUUGAGUCAAAAAGUUGAACCAAGAGAGGAGACCACGGUGUUGCACAAAGAGCCCCAACAGAAAAAAUCAUCAGGAUGCUGCUGAACAGAUCAGUCAGAAGCCUGAGUGACCAACAUCUGAAAAGUCUGUCUGUACAUUAUAACUAGAGCUGUUAAAUUACAGAUUGUAUUCAUUGACAAAAAUAUAAGUUACAUUUCCUUGUUACUACUGCUUUCAUCUGGUUUAUUAUUUCUAACAACUAAAUAGUUGAUGUAGAGGAUAAUAUAGAGAACAAUUUAAGUAUAAGAUAGUCUAGUUUCAUAAAAUAUCCUUUUUAUAUGCUCAGAGGAGACUUCAUGUAUGUAAUAUACUGCACAGCUGGCGCAUGCUUUCUUAAGAUGCAGGUGAAUAAACACUUGAUCAGUUUUAUCUUGUUAAGUUGUUUUUCCGACUUGAAUGUGAAAGCCUUACUGUUCUAGUGGAAUUUCAGAUGAUCACAUGAAGUCACUGUCUUUUUAGUCUUGUUCCAGGCGGAUGCAUUUCCAUUUGAAGAUGUGUUAACAAUAUCAGUUGUGUUUUUCAGGGUUUUAGGCUGAACAACUGAGAGAAUCUGUUACAUUUAACAGCUAUCGAUUAUUUGCUCUACAGUGUAUAUUCCUUGUGCUUAAUUCAUGUCACAAAUGUGUAUUAAGUUUGGUGGGUACACAUCUUUAAAUGUAUAAAUCUGAGGCAACAGGCAAAUUACUUCUUGGAAGUUAAAAUACGUGGUACCACACUGAAGAAAGGUCUACUACAUUUUGAGUAUAUAUACAUUUCAGUGUUCACAAGCAAUUUGUGCAAUAUGCCUGUGAGCAAAAGCAUCUUGUUAGUUUUGCAGUUGUCUAACAGUGUUGUUCAAUAAUCCCAUUAAGUGUUCUCAUGAUUUUGUAUAUUUACAAUCUCUUCUGCAUGAACACUGUCAGCACUUGUCUUACUUGCAGUUCCUGUGUCAGCCAGAUAAUCAUAAAUACAUUUCAUAGCUCUAUAAUUAAAGACGGCAGCUGUGAAAUGCUUAACAGGCUUUAAAUUUACAUGCAAAUUAUGUUUUAUGUUUCUGUGCACCUCUCUAUGACCUGCAUCGUUAAAUGCCUUUAAUUUGUUUGUCAAGUUGUUCUUAUGUCGUGUCUUGUGCUAAAUAAACCUCAAGAACAUAA